GUUGUGGAAUCCACUGGCGUCUUUACCACCAUGGAAAAGGCCGGGGCUCACUUGAAGGAUGGAGCCAAGCGAGUCAUUAUCUCUGCCCCUUCUGCUGAUGCCCCAAUGUUCGUGAUGGGGGUGAACCAUGAGAAAUACGACAAUUCCCUCAAGAUCGUCAGUAACGCCUCCUGCACUACCAACUGCUUGGCCCCCUUGGCCAAGGUCAUUCAUGACAACUUCGGCAUUGUGGAAGGACUCAUGACCACAGUCCAUGCCAUUACUGCUACCCAGAAGACAGUAGAUGGCCCCUCUGGCAAGCUGUGGCGGGAUGGGCGUGGGGCUGCCCAGAAUAUCAUCCCUGCUUCCACGGGUGCCGCCAAGGCUGUGGGCAAGGUCAUACCUGAGCUGAAUGGGAAGCUCACAGGCAUGGCCUUCCGUGUUCCUACUCCCAAUGUGUCUGUGGAGGAUCUGACCUGCCGCCUGGAGAAAGCUGCCAAAUAUGACGAUAUUAAGAAGGUGGUGAAGCAAGCUGCAGAGGGGAACUUAAAGGGCAUCUUGGGCUACACAGAGGACCAGGUAGUAUCCUGUGACUUUAACAGCGACACCCACUCUUCUACCUUCGAUGCUGGCACUGGCAUUGCCCUCAACGACCAUUUUGUCAAGCUCAUUUCUUGGUAUGACAACGAGUACAGUUACAGCCACCAUGUAGUAGACCUCAUGAAGUACAUGGCCACCAAGGAGUAAAGUGGAAAGCCAUGAUGGAUCUUCAUCCCCAGCCAAAAAAAGAGUAGUUCCACCACUGGGGAGCCCUCAUCCAUAAUAACCUAUGUCCCUGUGCUGGGGAUCCCAUGCCCUCUUCACAUCCCUGCCCCAGGCACCCCUGUAGUGGGGGGAGGAGCAUAGUCCUAUCUUGUGUACCAUCAAUAAAGUCAU